AUGGAAAAACUGGCCGAGCUUUCAGCGUCUACAAAUGCGGUAAAAGUUGUCAUGUCCGGCAUGGGUGGCGUUGGAAAGACGCAAAUAGCUAGAAAAUUUAUUGAAGAAAAUCGAUCGAAAUACGCAAAUGUUAUUUGGAUCAAUUCCGAAACUGAACAAGCCAUAAUCGAUGCGUUCAAGAAAUUGUCCGAAGACACAUUGCAACUGUCGACGAUCAAUGCAAAUGGAAAGGAAAAGGAUUUCAGCACCGUCAUCGAGCAAGUGCUGCAUAAACUAUGCCAAAGAAAGACUUUGUUUGUCUACGACAAUGUAGACUCAAUGCAAAGUAUGAACGUGGUACUGGCAAUGGCACCACCGCCGACAGAACAAAAACCGCACGUAUUUAUUACGUCACGACUCCAGAGAUGGCCUACAGGAAUCACAGUCAUGCUAUUGGAUUUUUGGAGCCCAGCUGAGGCUUUCCAGUUCAUUUCGAAAGCGGUAAACGAUCCUCACUACGACACCGACGAUGAUAGGAAUCUAUUGGCAAAUACGAUGCAAUAUUUUCCAUUAGCACUGCGACAAGCAACUGCCUACAUAAAUCAACAACGAGUAUUCGAUCAUUUUAAAAUUUCCCAAUACGUUUCCGAGUACAUGCGUAACAGACGCCAAAUGCUGCAAUCGAAAAUUUUUCAAACGGAUUCAAACAGUCCCUAUCAAAAUACCACCUACUCAACGUGGAGCAUCACAAUUGAUACAAUUCGAAAUGUUAAUUUGAAUGGACUUGGACAGUUGGCUAUUAGAAUUUUCAACAUCAUCGCCUAUUUUCAACCUGAUCUCCUUGAGAGAAAGUGGUUUUUCCAUCUAAAUUUUGACGACGAAAACCAACAAGCUGAUCAGAAAGUGGAGGAACGGAUUAAGUCGGCUGUUGACCUUCUUAUUAAAUACUGCAUGAUCGACAGUCAAGACAAGCAAGAGAGUUUCAACAUACAUCGCUUGGUUCAGGAAGUAACCAAAUUCAAUUUGAAAGAAUUACACGAAGAGGAGUCGAUUAUGUAUUGUUUGCGAUUCGUAGCCAUGCCAUUUCAGUUUUCAUGGCUUCCUUGUCCCAUCCUGACUUAA